AUGGCUUGGUGGCAUAACACUGUUCAUAAUCCAAUUCUUUUCUGUCAUGCAAUGAGAACAAUUUUCAUCCUCCAAAUACUCCCUCUUGCAAACUCAUUAUCAUUUGAUUACCCCAACUUCAAGAAUGGUGAUGUAAAAUGGGAAGGGGAUGCUUCUAUUCUGAAAGGAGCGAUCCAAGUCACUUCCAACACCAUAGACCAAAACAACAAUUUCAGUGUUGGGAGAGUCACAAGUUUUGAACAGAUGCUUCUCUGGGAUAUGAAGUCUAGAAAGCUUUCUGAUUUCACUACUAAAUUUUCCUUUGUUAUCUUUUCAGAAAAGAGAUACUAUGGAGAUGGAAUGGCCUUUUUCCUUGCUGAUCCUAAUCUCCCACUUCUGAAGGACAUUAAACAAGGAGGUGGUCUUGGACUUGUGGAUGGUGAACAAGUUUUGAAUUCAACUCAGCACCCAUUUGUAGCAGUGGAGUUUGACACCUUCCACAACAAAUUAUGGGACCCUUCAGGUAGCACUCAUGUAGGUCUGAAUUUCAACUCUAUGAAGUCCAACAUAACUAGGUCAUGGUUGACAGAUAUUCAAAUUUGGAAUGUUUAUAAUUGCAGCAUUAAGUACAAUUCAAGUACUCUAAAUCUGAGCGUUUCAUUCACAAUGUACAAUGAUAGUAAACCAGUUGAAGAAUACAUUUCGUACAAGGUUGAUUUGAGAGAUCACUUACCAGGGAGGGUUAUUCUUGGUUUUUCUGCCGCAACAGGGAAAUUGUAUGAGGUGCAUACAUUGAGAUCAUGGUCAUUUAGUUCAAGUCUUCAAAGCGAUGAAAAAACAGAUGAGGUAAAACCAGAAGCAGUCCCACCAGAUUCCAAUCUUAUCAGUUCAGAAAAAGGAAAGAAAAUAGGAUUGUGGGUAGGGCUUGGAAUUGGUCUUGGCUUGGUUUUGAGUUUGUCUUUUACUAUGUUGUGGAAGAGGAGUAGAGGUAGAAAAGAAGAGUUAGUUUUUGAUCUCAGUAUGGGUGAUGAAUUCCCAAAGGGCACCGGACCUAAGAGCUUCUCCUAUAAUGAGCUAGCAAGUGCUACAAACAAGUUUGCUGAGUCUGAGAAGUUGGGGCAAGGUGGUUUUGGUGCUGUCUAUAAAGGUUAUUUGAAAGACACAAAGUCCUAUGUUGCUAUCAAGAGAAUAUCAAGAGAUUCCAAACAGGGAAUGAAGGAGUAUGUGACAGAAGUGAAGGUAAUAAGUCAACUGAGACAUAGGAAUUUGGUACAACUCAUUGGUUGGUGUCAUGAGAAGAAUGAGUUUGUCCUUGUAUAUGAGUUCAUGCCAAAUGGAAGCUUAGACUCUCACCUUUAUGGAGUGAAAAGCUUCUUAACAUGGAGAGUGAGGUAUAAUAUAGCUUUGGGCUUGGCUUCAGCAUUGCUUUACCUACAAGAAGAGUGGGAGCAGUGUGUGAUUCACAGAGACAUUAAAUCAAGCAACAUUAUGUUGGAUUCAAGUUUCAAUGCUAAGCUUGGUGAUUUUGGUUUGGCUAGGCUGGUGGACCAUGAGAAAGGGUCACAAACGACACAUAUAGCAGGGACUAGGGGCUAUAUUGCACCAGAAUAUUUCAGUUCAGGAAAGGCUACUAAGGAAUCUGAUAUAUACAGCUUUGGGGUUGUGUUGUUGGAGAUAGCUAGUGGAAGAAAAUGUGUUGAACUAAAAGCUGAGGAGGGUGAAAUAACUCUAGUUGAGUGGGUUUGGAAGCUCUAUGGAUUGGGGAGGUCACAUGAAGCAGUUGAUCCAAAGUUAUGUGGAGAAUUUGAUGAGAAGCAAAUGAUACGUUUAGUGGUUGUUGGCCUUUGGUGUGUUCAUCCAGAUUUCUCAUUCAGGCCUUCUAUAAGGCAAGUGAUUCAGGUCCUUAAAUUUGAUUCUCCUUUACCUCUUCUCCCAGAAAUGAUGCCUGUGCCAACAUAUCUUCCUCCAACAAUAAAAGCACUUUUUUCUUCAGUUUCUUCUUUCUUUUGGGAAACAAGUUAG